GCGGAGUUAAACGUAGUUUCGCUCUGGACCUCCGCCGGGUAAUUUUGUAGCUGUAGGCAGCUUAUUACGGUGCAGAGAAGUAAAUCAGGUCAGAGGCUUAAAGCCGCUGGAUUUAAGUGGCAAAAGGCUUUAUUUCUUUGACCUCCAUCACCAUUACCUCAGGGACGACAACCACUGUGAAGAGGUUAUUAGCUUCACUUGUUUCCUGAUUAACCUCUGUGUCAUCUUGGGGUUAAGUAGGUGUCAGGAAACAUCAUAUCUCUAAGUCACUGGAGAAGAUGGAGACAGCAGGGAAUGUGUCCAAUGGUGCAGGGCCUGUGAAUGAGCAGAAAGAAAAGACCCUCAGGCCAGAGGAUCUGUCUGAGAUGCUGGCAGCAGGGACCAAGCAGAUUCACGAAAAGGCUGAGAACACUCAGUUUGUGAAAGAUUUCCUCAGGGGUCGCAUCCGCAAAGAGCUCUUCAAGCUUGGUGCGGUGGCGCUUUACUACACUUACACGGCCCUGGAGGAGGAGAUUGAAAGAAACAAGGAUCACCCCCAUUUUGCUCCUCUUUAUUUUCCCGCUGAGCUGCAUCGCCACGAAGCUCUGGCCCGUGACCUCGAAUACUUUUACGGUCCAGAAUGGAAGAGCCACGCAAGCUGCUCAAAGGCCACCCAACAAUAUGUGGACCGCAUCCAUCAAGUAGGGCAGGAGGACCCAGUGUUGCUGGUUGCACAUGCCUACACUCGCUACAUGGGGGACCUAUCUGGUGGGCAGGUGCUGAAGAAGGUGGCACAGAGAGCCUUGAAGCUGCCGCCCACAGGAGAGGGCUUAGAGUUCUACCAGUUCGAUGCCAUCCAUAGCGCCAAAGCAUUCAAGCAGCUGUAUCGAAGUCGGAUGAAUGAGCUGGAAGUGGACAUGGAAACAAAGAAGAGACUGGUGGAUGAGGCUGUGAAGGCUUUUCUGUUCAACAUUGAGGUGUUUGAGGAGUUAGAAGAGAUCGGCAAAACCAUCCAGGAGGAUGUUUUAGAUGCUGGCAUGCCCGUUCAUGGAGCAAUGGGUGGAGACAUCAGCAAAUGUCCCUAUUACAAUGCCAAAAUGGCGGCAUCAGGUGGAACAGCAUACGUCCGUCAGCUGGCCAUGGCUGCUCUCAGACACCCGACAGGACAGGUCCUCUUUGCUACUUGGUUUGCUGCCUUGGCUGGACUGGUUGCGUGGUAUCUGAUGUGAUCUGUCGCUCCGUCUGCCACUCUGCUGCUGUGUGAAAAGAGGACUGUAAUAGGAAGGACAGUAAAGGACACUGAGAUCUUUCCACGAGAUGUGGACCGUGUCAUAGCUUGUGGUCCAAGUUUAUUUAUUGUUACAUAUUGCAUAAUAAUGUAAGCUUAUAAAAAUAUGGAACAGUUAAAUUCAAGCAAAAUGAUCUAUAGCAGCGGUCUCCAACCUUUUUUGCGCCACGGACCGGUUUAUGCCCGACAAUAUUUUUCACGGACCGGCCUUUAAUGUGUCGCGGAUAAAUACAACAAAAUAAAACUAGUACCA